AAGAGGAGUUCGUGAUCAUGUGGGAGGUCGACGACCCACUCGUCACUGGAUGUAGUGCCGGUAUCUUCUCCGCAGAGAUGGAUUUCCACGAAUUCCCGACUGAUUCGAUAGCCCUCACAUUCGACGGUGGUUGGAGCGAUGAGGGAAUAGAGGUGGACGCGAUACAGGUGUAUGGAACACGAUCAAUGCCCUCCAACGUCCGCAUCGUAGAGGGCGCUUCACUGACCGAGGGGCGAAUCGAGGUCUUCGACCCUGUUAAUACAGGGGUGUGGGGCACCGUCUGCAGAAGCAGCGAAUUGAACACCAGGACGGGCGACUUACUUGCGGAUCAACUCGGCCAGUAUGGCUUUGAUCGGUUCGGUAGCGACGGGGAGUUUCCAGACAGCUUGUAUGUGGCGACAGUGAAGAAUCCGCAUUGUAACUCAAAUAGUCUCAAUAUCCUGAACUGCUUCGAGCAAGGAGGAACGUGUGACGUAACACAUGUUGGUAUCAAAUUCACAGAAAGUAAGACUUCCCGAAGACAUUCUUUCUUUUUUCAUUUUUCUUGUGAUCUGACAUUUGCUCCGGAUUUUAUUUAG